AACAAGCGCCACUCCUAGCACGCAUGCGCAUGACUGAUUCUUUCUCAGUCACGUGAUCAGGAAUUUCCGUUGACUGCGUAGUGAGUCUUUUAGCUCGGUGUGGAGGAUGAGCUCAGGUAAUGGCACUAGGAGGAAAGUUGGCAAGCAGCAGCACCUCUGCAGCCUGGUGGCUUCUGAUAGAGAGACACAAGCAGAGAUCCAAAGUAUUUUUAAGAAAGUUCGGACUUAUGUGAAGCCAUCCAGUGGGGAGUGGAGCCUCCCCGACCCAAAUGUUGCUCUCAAACAUCCAGCCAAGCAGCACAAACAUCUGCAAGAGCUGAAGCUGUCUCUGAACACGGUGAAGAACCAGCUCAGUGACAAGAACAUACAGGUGUGGCAUCAACACACCAACUCUACCAAUCGAGCUGGAAAAGUGAUCAAUGCCGUUCGUUGUGCUGCCAACGCUGAGAUCUGCACUCAGGCCUGGUGCAAGUUCUAUGAGAUCCUGGGAACUUUUAACCUUCUUCCAGAGGAGGAUAUUCAGAAUGGUGAGCUGAACUCGGUGCACCUGUGUGAAGCUCCUGGUGCCUUUAUAACAGCUCUGAAUCACUACAUGAAAACCAGUGAGUCCACACGUUACUGUGACUGGAGCUGGGCCGCCAACACUCUGAAUCCAUACCACGAGGCCAACGGCGGGAGCGCAACCAUCGCAGAUGAUCGGUUAAUCGCCAACACACUGCCCUGGUGGUUCUUUGGCUCAGACAACACAGGGAACAUCAUGAUCCAGAAACACCUGCUGGAUCUGCAGACGUUUGUGUCAAACAUGCGUAGAGUUGGUUUGGUGACUGCAGAUGGGAGUUUCGACUGUCAGGAGAACCCGGAUGAACAGGAAGCUCUGGUGGCGUCACUUCAUUACUGCGAGGUCACAGCUGCACUGCUGCUCCUGAGCUCCGGUGGCUCCUUUGUGCUGAAGAUGUUCACCAUAUAUGAGCACUCUUCAGUCUGCUUACUUUACCUGCUGAACUGCUGUUUCCACACCGUUAACGUCUUCAAACCUGCCACCAGCAAAUCAGGAAACUCUGAAGUUUACAUCGUGUGUCUGAACUACCUCAGCAAAGAGGCCGUGAGGCCUCUGCUCUCAAAACUGAUUCGUAAUUAUGGACCAACUAUGGCUGACCGCGAGGCCCUUUUUCCCACUUCUCUUAUCCCAGAAUCAUUUCUGAAGCAGCAUGAGGAGGUGUGCUCAUACUUCCACAGUCUGCAGGUGGAGACGAUCAGAGAAAACCUGCAGCUGUUUGAAAGAGUAACAGCAGAGCAGAGGCAGUGUCUCGAACACACCAGGGACUUGGUAGCUCAGGAGUACCUGCAGCGCUUCCAGGUGAGCUUUCUUCCACGAAGUCGAUGGGUUUCUCGUAACACGGUGAGUCCCGCCUGCUGCAGCGUGUCGGCCGGACGACCUCUGGGACAGAAGAAGCAGACAGGGUCAUUCAACGAGCGGAGGGAGCUGCAGACCCUGAACUGGAGGGAGCGGUUUAAGAGGAGCUGCGAUGGCACCUGGAUACAGAGUCACUACUCUGAGGAAAGCAAGACAGGCUGUGUGUUAGACGGACCUCUGUCCAGCUGCCUCAUAGAUUCAUGGUACAUCAUCACCGGAGCUGCGCUGCCUGCUGUCAGAAACUCUCCAUUCUGUGACGUAGGGCUGUUGAACCAUUUGAAUGAAGCCUUGCUGAACACGGAUGUAGACUGGACCCUUGUGUCCCCCUGUGACUCUUGUCGUCCACUUUCUGCAGCUUCCAUUUUGUCUGAAGCUGCAUUUCAGACUAGGUCUUUGAGAAGCAAAAUGAAGAAACAGUGUCUGGUGUUUGGCAGCAGCUCUGUGUGGACUCCCAGUGAGAAUCAAGUGGAGGAUUUGACUCUGAGGUUCUGUGCAGAGCCUUCACCUCCUCAGAGAGGCUGUGUCUUGCUCCACGAUGGGGAGCCCCUGUACCAGCAGCAGCUUUUAGGUUGUGUGAUGUUUUCCCUGCAAACGCUGAACUCUGGCGAUGCCUUGCUUCUACCCGUGUUUUCGGCCCUCACUCGUGUCACUGCAGCCAUUGUGCUCUGCCUGCACGCCUGUUUCGGCUAUGUGUCGUACAGGUGUCCACUUCCCUCAGGUGUGGUCGGGGCGUUGCUCUUGUGUGUCGGCUUCUGCCCCAAAGCCGCAGCUCAGGUGCUUCCUGUUCUAACUAAAGUCCAGAGCUGCAUGAGUCAGAUAUUAGGUGGAGAGGAAGACAUGGGUGAAGCUGACAGACAGGUGCUGCAGUUUGUUCCCAUGGAAGAGCUGCUCACUGGUGGGCUGACUGAGUUCCUACAGAACAUGAACUAUGAGAUCAACCAUCAGAAGCUGCAUCUGCUCUUCCAGUCAUAGUCCAUUAUGACAGUCAGACACUAAAUAGACACAUUUUUAUGAAUCAGUGCAGCUGAAAACAAGAUGGAAGCAUCUGCUUCUUGGGUUCUUUUUUGAAUUUCACUUCUUACGACGUAAACUAGAAACUAAAUGUUCUUAACAAUGCAUUUAUGAAUUAUUUGGGUGUUAUAAUUAUUAAGUAAUUUUAUUCAGUAGCUUUUACUGAAACCCGUAAAAGGCAAGAAGAGGAAAACCAUGCAUCCUGUCAUCUGAUCCACAGGAUAAACCAUACGUGAAGCUUUAGUAAAUGCAUCCAUGUGGCUGCACUAAUCUGAAUCAGUCUGGAUUUUCACAUAAUUGUAAUCAUCUUUUUACUGUUGAAACAGCAAACUUUAAUUUCAUAUUAUUAUUUUUUUCAUUUUAAAUAAAACUUUUCUCAUGGA